UAAGAAAACAGUUCUCGCUCAAAUACUGUGUGUGAUUAUUCUUAUUGGCGACCUAUAACAGAAGAAACGUACUUUUAAUAAUAAUUAAUAACCGAAUAAUUAUAAUAAAUUUUGCAACUUAUAUAAUAACAUCGUUUAUGUCAAAUCGAACAUUAUGGGACCCGUUAUUCUCAAAGAAAAUGAUCUUCCUAAAGUUGAUAUGGCAAACGAUGAGGACUUUAUGGACAUUAUUAAUCUUGAAAAUCUAGAUGAUGUUGUAGAAAACGGUCAUGCCUUUAGAGGAAUUGAAGAGUUAGCUAUUGCUAUACUGAAUGCCUUUAGAGAAAAUAUUAAUGGUGAUGAUAUUAUACCGAACGGUGACGCCUUUAGAGGAAAUAUUAAUCGCGAAAAUGGUGAUGAUAUUAUACCGAACGGUGACGCCUGUAGACGAAAUAUUAAUCGCGAAAAUGGUGAUGAUAUUAUACCGAACGGUGACGCCUUUAGAGGAAAUAUUAAUCGCGAAAAUGGUGAUGAUAUUAUACCGAACGAUGACGCCUUUAGAGGAAAUAUUAAUCGCGAAAAUGGUGAUGAUAUUAUACCGAACGAUGACGCCUUUAGAGGAAAUAUUAAUCGCGAAAAUGGUGAUGAUAUUAUACCGAACGAUGUCUUUAAAGGAUUUAAUCAUUUCCAAGUAUAUACUACACCAGACGAUAAUAUUUUUGCAGAAAAUAAUGAAAAUGAAGAUAAUAAACCAUCAUUACACAUGUUGUUAUUUGCACCUACUCUUGAACAUAUAAAAAAUAUUCUGUACAAUGCAUUGCACCAAUUUUUCGACGAAUUCGAAAUUGCGGUGGUUAGCUGUCCUUGUCUAACUAAACCACCAUAUGGUUUUGCCGCUGCUGGACUGUCCGGCAACACGGGAAUUUUGCAAAUGGGUGAUGUAGGUAAUUUUAUUUCAAUUCCGCAGACAAAUCUCAUAUUCGAUAUUCAAUCUAUAUUAUCAAGCUAUUACUACGACUUCUUUGUUGUUGGAUCUGGUUUUGCCGCGAAACCAUUUAUGCCUUACAACGGUCAUCUUAUUAUAAAUGCCAUACUCUCGGCAAAUUCGACAAAUGUUAUUAAUAAUGGUAGUAUCGUUUAUGAGAAUGCUGAUACUGGACAGAAAAUAUCGCAAAUUAUCAACGAUCCCAAUCAAAUGAAAUGUGUGUUGGGCAACUUCUAUUUCAGUGAAGGUAAACCAGGAAUGGUGAUCAAAAUGCGUGUUAAAGGACGUAAAACCCUUUAUGAAUUCCUGUCGUUAAUACAGAGUUCUCUGUAUUUUUGUUGUCCAUAUGAAAUCGGUUUAGGUGGCAUAAUCACAAUAAAUGGAGGACGAACGAUAUUAUAUAUCACACCAGAAAAAGAUCCAGAAUGGUUUAUUCCGAAUAUGCAAGUUACCAGAUGGUUAAAGUUACAUGAACUGAAUUGCAUGGAUCUAAUAACUGUGGGUACAUUAAUCAACUUUCCAUCUUUCAGAAGACAGAACUCUGACGGAAGUCGGGUAAUAGGGACCCGUUAUAGGUUUAACACUUUUUCAAAUUCUGAAGCAGUCGGAGAGUUUUGCAAGGAUAUCACACCGGAUGAGAUAGAGUACAUUUGUUAUUUCAAUAUAGCGAAAGAAUAUAUUUUUAAAAGUGACAAACAUUUUCAUUUUUGAUAUAAAAUCAAUUCUUUUUAUUAAAGCGCUAAGUGAGAAAUUCACACGAGAUAUGUUUUCAUAAAGUAUUUGUAAUGAAGAUAUCUUACGUAAAUCCCUGAUUUGCACAAGGAUAAUCUCUUCUAUUUUAGAAUCUAAAAAAUCGUAACACUUAUUAAUAUUUUAAUAUACUGAUUAAAUAACGUAGUUUAAAUAACGUCUACGUUUCUGUUUUGAUUAACGACAAAGAAAAAUAUCAGAUAAAAGGAAAUAAAAAGGAAAUUAAAAAUUAAAAAAUUUGAUGAUAUUUUUCUAUAAACUUUUUCUUUUACAUUUUCUGCAAAUAAAACGAUUUAUUCGAUUCUUUUACAAUAACUAACAUAAAAAAUAUAUAUACACAUAAGUAUUUAUUUAUAGAUAAAUACGACUGUCCGAAUUAGAUGGCAUAAACAAAUAUAGAACUAUA